CCUUGUUUUUUUCUUCCACUCUGAAACUAGAACUUCGAGGCGGUCAGUGGACCAGGCUCCAGAUUCAAGGGUAAACACUCGCUCGACAGUGAUGAGGAGGAUGAGGGGGACGGCGCAGAGAGCAGCAAAUACAAUAUUCUUGACACUGAUGAUGUGGAGGGCCAAGAAGGGGCAACAAUUGACUACGAUGAAGGAGUAUCCAUUACUCCUUUUAACCUGGAGGAGGAGAUGCAAGAAGGACACUUUGACUCUGAGGGAAACUAUUUCAUCAAAAAGGAAACACAGAUUAGAGACAACUGGCUUGACAACAUAGACUGGGUGAAAAUAAAGGAGCAACCUUUUAAGAAAAAGAAGAAAGGCCUUGGAGCCAAACGAAAACGCAGAGUUGGUGACGAGGAUGAAGCUGAGGAAGAAAAGCAGAGAGAAGAGCAGCAGGCCGACCAAGAAGAAGAGGAGGAAGAGGAGAUGGAGCCUGCAGAGGAUCCGCUGGCUUCCUACACACAGCAGCAGCUCACCGAAGCUGUGAUCGAAAUGUUGCAACCCGGGGAAACGGUCGCCACUGCUCUCCGGAGGUUAGGAGGCCUGAGUGGGCGAAAGAAGGCGAAGCUGAGGGAAGAGAAAGAGCCCACAGAGGAGUCUAAAAGGGACACGGAAAAGCUUGACAGGCUCACCGCCUUAGCAGACAGACUGGUUGGAUCCGGGAUGUUCGAAAUAUAUCAACAAACUUAUGAAAAAUUAGCCUACAUGAUGAAAAGCAUGACCAGCAAGAGGCCGGCGGUGGAGCAGGAAAGAGGCGGGGAUGACGGCGAUGAGGAACAAGAUGAGCUCGAUAUGUUUGGUGAUAAAUUUGACGAGAAGGUCGGCGACAAAUCUGAAAGCAAAGAUGAGCAGGACAAUAGAGUGAGUGAUGAAGUCAUGUGGGAGUACAAAUGGGAGAAUGAGGAAAAGUCAGAAAUCUACGGACCCUUCACCAGCGAACAGAUGCAGGGUUGGGUGGAUGAAGGUUACUUCAGCACCGGCGUCUACUGCAGGAGGGUGGAUCAGGGAGAAUCCCAGUUCUAUAACUCGAAAAGAAUCGAUUUUGACCUCUACACAUGAAUCAUGCCCCAUCAUGAAAAUCACCGCCAGUUUCCUGUGUUCUGCGUUUCCUGAUUAUGGGCUUUCUUCAAUCUUUACUUCUGGGAAUUUAGUGUAAAAAAAUAUGGAUUGUUUUAACCCUGCCUUUUGUUUUCUCCAAGUUGUUUUUAAUUAAAAACGAAUUCAACAUG